AUGCGGACGCUAAGAUGGUUCCUGUUUCUGCCUCUGUGCAUUUCCUGCGCCUGUGCCUUCAUGUUUUCUUCGUUGAGGGAGAAAAACAAAGAAAGCCCAGGGAAGGUGCCUUGCGGAGGACAUUUCCGGAUUAGACAGAAUCUUCCAGAGCACACCCAAGGCUGGCUUGGGAGCAAAUGGCUCUGGCUGUUUUUCGUCAUUAUGAUAUACGCGAUGCUGAAGUUACGAGGAGAUGGUGAGAAGAAUAAGGAGCAGAAUUCUACCAGCCUUCGGGGCUGUCAAUUUCGCUCUCCACCAAAGAAAAAUCAAAAUAUUUCCCCCAGCAAAGACUUCACUUUCAAUACUUUAACCCAGCUCGAGAUGGAACUGGUGAAAUUUGUGUCCAAGGUGCGGAAUCUUAAAGUCUCUAUGGCAACCAGCAGUAACCCCAGGCUGCAGAUCCCAGACAUACCUAUGGGUCCGCACAAUAACGUCACAAUAUAUGAGAUAUGGGGAGAAGAGGAGCCUGAGUGA